UUAAUCGGAAGUAAUGUAAUAAUUAGAUAUUCAUGAAGAUCCGAAUUUCCAUCUUUUGAUAUGCGUAAACGAGCAAUAUCGUCUUCUUUGCGAUUCGAUAGAACGAGACAGAAAAACUACAUCGCAAAGCGUACAUGUAGGCAAUUCUCGAUUAUGUACGUUAUUCCUGGUUUAUCCCCACUAUAGUGUACGCGGAACCGCGUUUUUAUUCUGUCAUCAUAGUAUAAUAACACUGGCUGACGAAUAUUGACAGGCAUAUUUUGAUAGGCAUCUUGUAACUGAAUCUUAUAACAGAAAUUUUCCACAAAGGGUAUUCAAAUAGUUCCAAACAUUGUCUGAGAAUAUUAUUGAUCACAAUGAGCACUACGGCGGCAAGGCAGUCUCAAGAAGUCCUGGAUCCUUCACCACGCACAAGGCAUUCACGUCUUGAGGAUCCGUUGGCGAUUCCCGCCAAUUCGAUAACGGUCGUGACUCCCAAUACGGAUGUAAGAACGGUACAGAAUUGGUUGAAUAGACUUCCCGAUGGCUGGAAUUCACCGCAAAGUCCAGAUGAGCUUGUCAUUCAAAAAAGAGGUCGACGUAAGUCCAUAGUAUGGUCACCUGAUUUUGACACCUACAAAAGACGCAGUCUGCUUAGCUUGAGUGCUAGAGAUCACACACCAGUUAAAAAUUCAAUAACAUCAGACAUGACAUUUAGAGAUUCAGCUAGAAAAAGGCUGUCUCUUACAGAUACUCAUCAAUCUGAGUUUUCUACCCCGAAAAGUAGGAAAAUAUUAUCCUCUGGAAUGUCAUUAGAUACCACAGAUACUUCAAGAGGACAAUCCAAUGAUAAUUUAGUGAACAGUUUACGAGGUCUCAGUCAUGAACAACUUGUACACUUAAUCAUGGAUUUGGUGUACGCGCAAGAAGAUGGUACACUAUGCAAGAAUGAAAAGCUUCGUAAUAUCCUUUUGAAUAAAAUGCCAACUGCGGAUAUUCAGCCAUUGAUAGAUAAAUUGGCAAUCCUCAGACAGAAUGUCUACACUAGCCUUGUAUUUGCCUCCAAUUUGGAUGAUAAUUCUACAUACAGUCGUGCUUACUUACAUAUGGAUGCGUUUCAAAAAACUGUGGUUGAUCAGGGAAGAUUGUUGCAAGAAUCUCACCACUGGGCUUCAUUGAUGCACUAUGUAUUGGAAGCAUGGAAAAUCACUAGAGAAUUACCGGAAUGGAAGAGUGAGGACCCUCAUAAUAAUAUCACACAUAAAUGUUUUAAGGACUUGUCGCAAUUUUGUACUGAAGCUAUAACAAAGGGGAAUUUUGAAACGUCAGUUUUGGAGGAAUACAUUGAAAGUCUCGAGACCAUAGUUGGAGAAUGCGAAGAUUUUCAAAUCUGUUUACAGACGGCAAAAGAAGCAAAAGGAAGCAAAUAAGGCUUAGGCCUUCUUUUCUAAACACCACAUACACGCGGAUAAUAAACACAUUAAAACUAUUAUGUAACGUCCGCCAUCUGAUGAAAUAUGUUGAUGAAACAAAUUAUUUUAUAUAUGCCAUAUUCUUUAAAUUCUUCGUUUUAAACUACAGCUUUAAAUUAAUGUCUUUGUGUUAAUCCUUAAAUGGGGAAAAUAUUUUUAAUUAUUAAUAACCGUUACUGGUUUUAAAAUACAGAAAAUAAGUACAAAAAUUAGAUUUUUUAGUGAAAAUAUUUAACUUAUACAAAUAAAACUGCCACUAAAAUUAAUUAACAUUUAAUAUUUAAUAGUAAUAGCGAUUCAAGAUUAAUCUUUCCAUUUAAGGAUAGCUUUGAUAAUUUAUAUAUUUGUUAGAAUGUAAAUAUAAGAGUGUAACUUAUUGAUUUCAUUAAAAGUACGUUUUGUCUGGAUAAUAUUUAUAUAAAAAAUGUAAUUUUGUUGUAAAAUUAACUUUAUACGCGUCUGUUUCAUGUAAAAUAAGUCUGCCACAAAAAGUGUACUUCGGUAUAUAUAGAAUCGAAAACAUAUCUUUAUUAAGCAGUUGAGCACUCUUCUAUGUUGUUGCACGAUGAUCUUUCUGUUUAUCACAAUUUUAUAUGUGUGUUUAAGAGAUUUUGGAGACUAUUAUAUUUGUGAAAUAUUUUUACAUAUGAGAAACUAUUUUUGUACAAUCAAUAUAAUCGUAAUUAAUAUUGUAAUGUAAUUAUAUCACGACUAUAACAUAUUUAUUGUAAAUCGCCUAAAGGGAAAUGGAUGUAGUGGAUGUAUUUUUUAUUAAAAACAAUUUAUUUCGUCAUAA